AAAAAAAAAGAGAAAAAAAGAAAAAGCCACGCGGCCUUCUUCCACACGGAAAUGGGUGGUCUUAUUGAAAUAUUCCUUUUCUUCGGAGUUCUUUUCUACUUCUUCAACUUCAGUAUGCUCGACACAGUUUCAACACGUUUGCAAGAAGUAUAUGCGAGAUGGAAUCGCCGAACGGAAGUGAAACGAAAUCCAGAAUCGGAUGCCACACCAUUUUCGAUAAAGGAACUUAGACGGAUUGGACAACAGAUGUAUAAAAGGAGGAUGCGAGACAAGGAACAAGCAAGAAAAAUUCGGGAAAAUUCUUUAUUUGAAAUCAAAGAGUCCGAACCAUUUACUCCUACUGUUAAAGAAAAAUCUUUGCUUCUACACUAUUGCUGCAGAAGUUGUACUCCAUCAUCUAGAAACUCAUUAGUAAGUACUAUCAACAAACAAUAUACAUCUCUUGGUAUAAAUAUCUUGUUAAUGGAAUCACGCCGAUCGCUAUUGUCUAGAAUAUUUCCUCGUGCGAUAUCUACUUGUUCUUUUAAAGAACAUAAUUACUCAAAAUUAAGAAAAACAAUCUUAGAAAGUGAAAAAUUAAAGGAAGCAAUUAAAUUGGUUGCUUGUGAAAUAAUUAAGGAUGAGGGUUGUAGUGAAACGAUUGCCUUGGAAAAAGCAGAAACUAGAGCCAAAACUAUAUUACAACAAAUGGAAAGCAAACCAAACAAUUUUUUCCUUAAAAUUGUAGCAUGGAUUAUUUAUAUAAUGUUACCAUGUUUUAUGCAAUCUGUUGUAGUAUUGCCAUCUCAAAUAGAAAUGUUAGUAAAGGCAAAUGAGACUGGUCUUCCUGUGAUAUUACUUCCUCUACAUCGUAGUCAUAUGGAUUAUUGUAUAAUCAGCUUUCUUCAUGUAAUAUAUGGUAUUAAAUGUCCAUUAAUUGCAGCUGGUGACAAUCUAAAAAUGCCACUUUUUGGGAAGCUUUUGCAAGGUUUGGGUGCAUUCUUUAUAAAACGUCGAAUCGAUCCCGUUAUAGGCCGCAGAGAUAUUCUUUAUCGUGCCGUUCUUCAGACGUAUAUAUUGAAAAAAUUAGAAGAAGGUCAUAUUAUAGAGUUCUUUAUAGAAGGAACACGUACAAGAACUGGUAAACCAUGUAUGCCAAAGGGUGGCAUUUUAAGUGUUGUUCUUAAUGCAUACAUGGAGGGAAUCAUUGAAGAUGCAAUGAUAAUACCUGUUGUACCAAAUUAUGAACAUAUUAUUGAUGGAAAUUUUGUUAAAGAGCAGCUAGGUGAACCAAAGAAGAAUGAAACAUUUAUAUCUACAAUGAAAGCCAUAUUUUCUACUUUAUUGGCAAAUCAUGGAAUUAUGAGAAUUGACUUUUGUCAACCUUUUUCACUCAAGGAAAUGUUAAAUUCUUUCCAAAAUCAAUCAAAAUUGAAUGGAGUAAAAAUAUCUUCUGUUGAAAAACCUUUAAAAUCUACAAUAUCUAGUUCAUCGCUAUAUGGUACAGAUGUAGUUGUAGAAGAAUACCGUCAACUAGUUGAUAGCCUUGCGCGGCACGUUGUAUAUGACUGUAGUAACGCAAUACCAAUAAUGUCGACCAACGUUGUUGCAUUCAUGCUUUUAUAUAUACUUCGAGAUGGUUGUACUAUGGACGAAUUAAUCGAAGCAUUUGAUUUAAUAAGACAGGAGUUAGAAAGCCGUAAUAAAAAUAUUGCAUUUUGUGGAGAAAGUAUUGAUAUUAUAAAUCAUGCUUUGGAUAUCUUAGGCUCAGAUUUAAUAAAAUUGCAAAAUCAAAAAAUUACAGAAUCAGCUGACGGUCAGCUGACUCAAUCAAAUUUUGUUACUGUAAUCCGUCCUGUGUUAUCUUUACCGAAUGUAAUUGAACUAUCUUAUUACAGUAAUACAGUGGUAACAUGUUUUGCUAUAGAUAGCAUAGUGGUAACUGCUUUGUAUGCUGAGUUACAAUCAAAAAUUAAUGAUCCUGUAGCUAUUGCUCAAAACAACAUUACAGUGUCUCAAGAUCUUUUGAUAAAGAAAUCACUUAAGCUUUGUGAUAUUUUUAAAUAUGAAUUUAUUUUCUGCAAGCCAUGUCAGGAUUUAGAACGUGUUAUUGUAGAUACCAUAGUGAACCUCUCACAUAAAGAAUUUAUUAUUUUACAAGAGGAAUGUUAUUUAGAAGAAGAACUAUGGAGUAAAAGAUAUGCAAAAAAUUUUGAUGAUAGUUCAGAUGAAGAAUAUCGCAAUAAGAAUAAGGCUAAAGAUAUUCAGUACAAAUUGAAUUUAAUACCAGAAAUUACAAAACGUAUGGAAUUUCUUCAUGUAAUGUUGCAACCUUUAGUUGAUGCUUAUACUUUUAGUGCUUUGUCUCUUAGAAGAUUAGUAGGUCAAUCACUUAUUGAGAAAGAUUUAAUUCGUGAAAGUUUAUCAGUCGAUUCGAUAAAAAAUUCUCUGAAAUUAUUUGAAAAAUGGAAUAUUUUGGAAUGUCAUCCAGAAGAGAAUAUUAAAAUUUUUUAUCUGAAAGACGAAUAUGAUACAGAAUCAGCUAUAAUGAAACUCUAUGAUACAAUAGCAGCUUUCAGAUGGACUAAGAAUGUAAACGAAAAAAAAUUAUUUUAACUUAAAUGUCUAUAAGUACUAUUUUUUAUAAACAACUUUAUGAGAAGCUUUGUACAUAGUAAUUUACAAGUAACAAGUAUAAUUCAAUAUGUUCGCUACUAUAGUAUCAUUAAAUCAUUAACAGGAUUUUUUUUUGUUUUUUAAUAUAACACAUCAAAUGCAAUAUAUAUAUAUAUAUGUUAGAAUUCA